AUGUCCCAAACUAUUACUGCCCCUCUCUCAAGGACCACCAGAAUUGUGGGAGAGCGGUCUUUGGAUAUCGCCAAUCUUGAAAUAAUCAAGCUGGAAAGCCUUGCUGCAAAAGACCCAGUAGAGACUGCGAAACUUUUGAAGGCUGCGGAGACUGAGGGAUUCUUCUACCUAAGCUUCAGCGAGGACCUUUCCGCGAAGAUCACAAGCUAUCUCAAGACUUGUUACCAAGAUAGCCAUGAGUACUUUGCCAAGCCUCAUGAUGAGAAGAUGAAGGCGUUCAGAGAGGAUGUGGAUCGCGGCUACAAACGCAAAGGCAUUGAAUCAUUCGAGAUCGCUCGAGAUGAACACGCCAACAUCACUUUACCUAGCCCUUGGGCAGAGCACGCGAGCGACAUCCUCGAUCUUGCCAAUAUCUGCGACAACCUAGUCAACACUUGUCUCCGCAGCCUUUCUGAAAGUCUCGGCCUUGACUUCGAAAAAGCUCAUCGCCUUGAUGCGCCGAGCGACACAGGAAUCAAGUUCGUCUCCGGUCCUACCCAGGCGAAGCUUGCCGAUGUACCCGACACUACCCACACCGACGGCGGUUCGAUCACCUUGCUUUGGUGCGAGAAGUGGGCCAGUCAGAUGCAGACCCGGGAGACGAAAGAAUGGCUAUGGAUUGAUCCUAAGCCCGACUGUGUUGUGGUCAACCUUGCAAAUUAUCUACAGAACCAGACCGGCGGUCGCCUGCACUCCCCGGUUCAUCGCGUGACCCAAGUGGCUGAUGGUGUAGAGGACCGAUACUUUGUGUCUUAUUUCUUGAGACCAUCACACGGGCUCUAG